GCUGAUAUGCACGUAAUGAAGAAAAUGAACCAGAAGGAGCUUGCUGACACACUGGAGAAAUAUUCAGAUGAUCCUGCUGUGAUUUGCCAACGUGAACUCAAAUCUAAUCUAAAGAAGAAGUUUCAAUGUGUAUUUGAGGGGAUCGCUAAACAAGGAAACCCAACACUUCUCAAUAAGAUCUACACAGAGCUCUACAUCACAGAGGGUGGAACAGGAGAGGUCAAUAAUGAACAUGAGCUGAGACAGAUUGAGACAACAACCAGGAAACAAGCAAGACCAGAGACUGCAAUCAACUGUAACGACAUCUUCAAACCCUUAACUGGAAAAAACAAACGUAUCAGAACUGUGCUGACAAAGGGAGUCGCUGGCAUUGGAAAAACAGUCUCUGUGCAGAAGUUCAUUCUGGACUGGGCUGAAGGAAAAGCAAAUCAGGAUGUCCAAUUUGUAUUUUCAUUCCCUUUUCGGGACCUGAAUUUGAUGAAAGAGGACAAAUACACUUUCAUUGAACUUCUCAAUCACUUCUCAAUGGAAACCAAACAAUCAGGAAUCUCCAUCUACUACAAGUACAAGGUUCUGUUCAUCUUUGAUGGUCUGGAUGAGUGCCGACUGCCCCUAGACUUCCAGAAGAACAAGAUCUGUUGGGACGUCACAGAGUCAACCUCUGUGGAUGUUCUGCUGACAAAUCUCAUCAAGGGAAAUCUGCUUCCCUCUGCUCUCCUCUGGAUAACUACCCGACCUGCAGCAGCCAAUAAGAUCCCUUCAGGUUGUGUUAACCAGGUGACAGAGGUACGAGGGUUCAGUGACCCACAGAAGGAGGAGUACUUCAGGAAGAGAUUCAGUGAUGAGGACCUGGCCGGCAGAAUCAUCUCACACAUAAAGACAUCAAGGAGCCUCCACAUCAUGUGCCACAUUCCAGUCUUCUGUUGGAUUUCUGCAUUAGUCCUUGAACACAUGCUGAAACAUAAGAGAGAAGAGAUGCCCAAGACUCUGACUGAGAUGUACACACACCUUGUGGUGUUUCAUACCAAACAGAAGAAUGAAAAGUAUGUUGGAAAAGAAGAGACAGGUCCACACUGGAAUAAAGAGAGCAUUCUGUCACUGGGAAAACUGGCUUUUCAACAGCUUGUGAAGGGCAAUCUGAUUUUCUAUGAAGAAGACCUGAAAGAGGCUGGCAUUGAUGUCAAUGAAGCCUCAGUGUACUCAGGAUUGUGCACACAGAUCUUUAAAGAGGAAUGUGGGCUGUCUCAGGACAAGGUGUACUGCUUUGUUCAUCUGAGCAUUCAGGAGUUUCUGGCUGCUGUAUGUGUGUUCCUCUCAUUCAUCAACAACAAUGAGAAUCUAAUGGACAAACUGCAAACAAACGACGAGCCUGAAGUUACUUUCUACAAGAGUGCUGUGGAUAAAGCCUUACAAAGUGAGACGGGAAACCUGGACCUUUUCCUCCGCUUCCUUCUGGGCCUCUCACUGGAGUCCAAUCAGAAGCACUUACGAGGUCUACUGACAAAGACAAGAAGCAGCUCACAGAGCCAUGAAGAAACAGUCAAGUACAUCAAGGAGAAGAUCAGGGAGAAUCCCUCUCCAGAGAGGAGCAUCAAUCUGUUCCACUGUCUGAAUGAACUGAAUGACCAUUCUCUAGUGGAGGAGAUCCAAAGCUUCCUGAACUCAGGAAGUCUCUCAGAAGAAGAACUGUCACCUGCACAGUGGUCAGCUCUGGUCUUUGUGUUGCUGACUUCAGAAAAGGAGCUGGAUGUGUUUGACCUGAAGAAAUUCUCCAGAUCAGAGGAAGGUCUUCUGAGGAUGCUGCCAGUGGUCAAAGCCUCCAGAGCUGCUCUGCUGUCAGGCUGUGGAGUCACAGAGAAAGGCUGUGCUUCUCUGGUCUCAGCUCUGAAGUCAAACCCCUCACACCUGAGAGAGCUGGAUCUGAGUAACAAUAACCUGAAGGAUUCAGGAGUGAAGCUGCUCUCUGCUGUACUGGGGAAUCCCCAUUGUAAACUGGAGACUCUGAGGCUGUCAGGCUGUGGAGUCACAGAGGAAGGCUGUGCUUCUCUGGUCUCAGCUCUGAGGUCAAACCCCUCACACCUGAGAGAGCUGGACCUGAGUAACAAUCACCCAGGAGACUCAGGAGUCAGACUGCUCUCUGCUGGACUGGAGGAUCCACACUGCAGACUGGAGAAACUCAAGAUGUCAGGCUGUGGAGUCACAGAGGAAGGCUGUGCUUCUCUGGUCUCAGCUCUGAAGUCAAACCCCUCACACCUGAGAGAGCUGGAUCUGAGUAACAAUAACCUGAAAGAUUCAGGAGUGAAGCUGCUCUCUGCUGGACUGGGGAAUCCCCACUGUAAACUGGAGACUCUGAGACUGUCACACUGUCUAGUCACAGAGGAAGGCUGUGCUUCUCUGGUCUCAGCUCUGAGGUCAAACCCCUCACACCUGAGAGAGCUGGAUCUGACUAACAAUGACCUGAAGGAUUCAGGAGUGAAGCUGCUCUCUGUUGGACUGGGGAAUCCCCACUGUAAACUGGAGACUCUGAGGCUGUCAGGCUGUCUAGUCACAGAGGAAGGCUGUGCUUCUCUGGUCUCAGCUCUGAGGUCAAACCCCUCACACCUGAGAGAGCUGGACCUGAGCUACAAUCACCCAGGAGACUCAGGAGUCAGACUGCUCUCUGCUGGACUGGAGGAUCCACACUGCAGACUGGAGAAACUCAAUGUGGAACAUGGUGGAGAGAACACAAUGAAACCUGGGCUUAGAAAAUAUGUCUGUGAUCUCACACUGGACCCAAACACAGUAGACAGAAUCCUCUCUCUGUCUGAGGAGAACAGAAAGGUGACAUGUAGGUCAGAGAAGCAUCCGUAUCCUGAUCACCCAGAGAGAUUUGAGCACUGUGGAGAGGUGCUGUGUAGAGAGAGUCUGACUGGGCGCUGUUACUGGGAGGUAGAGUGGAGUGGGAGAGGGGCUGAUAUAGGAGUGGCAUAUAAAGGAAUCAGCAGGAGAGGAAGGGUUGAUGACUGUUGUUUUGGAUUCAAUGACAAGUCCUGGAGUCUGAUAUGCUCUGACAACAGUAACACUGCCUGUCACAAUAAUACUCUCACUACCAUAGACGUCCCCUCCUCCAGCCCCCACAGAGUAGGAGUGUAUCUGGACUGGCCAGCCGGCAAUCUGUCCUUCUUCAGAGUCUCCUCUGACACACUGACCCACCUGAUCACAUUCACCUCCACAUUCACUGAGCCCCUCUAUCCAGGGUUUUGGGUUCAUGUUGACUCCUCAGUGUCCCUGAAAUAA